AUGUUCACCCCCAACCAAAUAGUCUACGCCUAUCAUGGCCCCUUAAUCUAUGAAGCCAAAAUCCUAAAAAUCCGACAAUCGGUUUAUUUUUUACAUUAUCAAGGAUGGAAUCAUAAAUGGGAUGAAUGGGUUGGUGUGGAUCGGAUAUUGGAGUUUAAUGAUGAGAAUAAGGUUAAGAAAUUGGAAUUGGAUCAGAUUAGUAAUAAACGAAGAAAAAUCAGAUCGGCCACUCCUAGUAGUGGGAGUGGGAAGGAUGGAGGUGGUGGUGGGAGUGGGAAGGAAGGUAGUAGUGCGAGUACUGGUAGUAGUGGUGGGAAGUCAGGUGGUGGUAGUGGUCAACCUCCGACUAAGAAACAGAAGCUUAAGAAACCGAUAUUUAAUCUUGCAUUCCCUGAUUCAUUGAAAUAUUUAUUGGUUAAUGAUUGGGAAUAUAUUACUAAAGAUAGGAAAUUAGUUUCAUUACCUAGUCCUCAUCCAAUAUCACAAAUCUUACAAGAUUAUAAGAGUUAUAGAACCAAUAAAUUAUCAUCAAAUCAAUUGAAUGUCUUAUUAGAAAUCUUAACUGGGUUAGAAUUAUAUUUUAAUAAAUCAUUAAAAUUAUUAUUAUUAUAUAAAUAUGAAAAUUUACAAUAUUUGAAUUUUUUAAAGAGUGGUGUUAUAAAUGAACAAGAAGAAGACAAGUGUCAAAGUAAAGUAUAUGGAUUUGAACAUUUAUUAAGAUUAUUAAUAUCAUUCCCCGGGUUAAUUAGUCAAACAAGUAUGGAUUGUAUAAGUAUUAAUGUCUUGAUGCUGGAAAUUGAAGAAUUAUUAUUAUUUUUACUGGAAAGAAUACUGACAUAUCUGAAUAAUUAUGAUUUUAGUAGUCCUCAAUAUGAUAGUUUAUCAAGAGCUUAG